AUGAACAAACCAACCUCUCUCGUGUUUUGUUUCACUCUGAUCUUCAUUUUUAUCUUCUCUUCAUCGGUUAAUGCAAUACCAAGGGGAAUCGAAAAAAGAGCAACAUGCACUCCCCACCUAUCCCGUUGCGUAUUUCAACCUAAUAAUACUCCAACACAACAAAUUGGUGGCGAAAUUCAUUUCGCACAAUUCACUAAUUGUUCUAUAUAUACCGAUGGACAGCUUAAUUUUCUUCCAGCUGUACUGGGUUUCCCCACAUCAGUAAGUGCCUAUGAUAUCCAUAUUACAAUAACCCCUAAAGCGGCAGACCCUUCCGCCCCGGGCGCUAUGGAUUUAGAAGAUCUAGUCACACCAAGUGCAAAUCUAAUUAAUGGGCCUUGGAGAAACAUAUUGCCUCCAACUGCUUUCCCCUCAGAUUUCUUUACCGCUCCAG